AUGGCAAAGCUGGUUAUUUUUCUAGAAGUGGUAUCAGUUGGUUCUUGUCCUGAUCAAGACAAAAAGUUGAAGAGCACAGAAAAAGCAACAGACAAAAAGCCUCCUGGGAUCUCUAUGAGGGAUUAUUCUGCUCUUAAAAGACUCCAGUCUCUUUUAAGUGUUUAGUCAAGGAACCAGCAGCUUCCAGCUAUAUAUUCUGAAAGUGGUCAAACCAGUAUGACAAAAGCUUGACAAAAUGUCAAAAGCAAGAACAAGUUUAAUGGUCAAAGACAAGAAUUAGCAGAAGCUGUUGAGCUUGAAAAAUUUAGCAUGACUUACCAGAAUGAGAGAAAUUUUAGCAAGCAUCCCAAACAUCAGCUGUUUCAAGGUAUGUUUACAACUUUAGGUAAGAGCAGACUUACCUGUAGGCAGUGGGUUAUUCAAGCUCCAUCCAUCCAUUUUUUUAGACUAUUAAUUUGCCUGAGAUUAUUAGCAAGGUAUCCAUGCUAUAAGGAAAUGCUGAAUAUCCUGGGUGGAAUGGAAAAUCUAGCUCAAUACAUGAAAACAGUAGCAAAUGGCUAUCUUAAUUAUGGAGAAGCGCAGCAUGACGUAGACAUGUUGGUCAACAUAACAUACAUUUUUCAAAARCUUGCUGCUGUUAAAAAUCAAAUUAUAGCAAGUGGAGCACAUAGACAAAAAAUGCAUGAAGAUGUUCCAGUCUUGCUCAGUUUCCUCGAUUCUGRACACAUCAAACUUCUAUGGAGUAUAGUUUGGAUUAUAGUUUGUGAAGAUAGUGAGAUAAGUGUGGAAAUUUGGAGAUGGGGUGGAAUCAAGCAGUUCCUUCAUAUAUUACAAGGGGAAAGAACUCUUGUAUCUGCUCACUCUUCAGUUGGAUGUUUGUCUAGUGCAAAUGCAGCAGAGAGAAUCCAGUAUCUUCACUUGUCAGAUGAUCUGAAUCGUGAUGAGAUGCAAGAAAAUACUUUUUCUCUUCAAGCAGAUAUAAAAAAUUGGAACUUUUUUAGAGUUUUCCCUAUUGACUUAUUUGAAAUCUUCACUGAUAUUGGACAUUAUGUGCGUGAUAUCAGAGCUUGUGAAGGGUUGGAAUUAAAGCUAAUUUCAUUAAAAAAUGCAACUUAUACUUCCUCUUGUUGUUUUAGACUUUGUUCCAUGAUGUUUCUGAAGGAAAGCCCUGGAGUUGUGAAGAUUGAGCCAUAUGGAGAGAAGGCUGAUGCUUGGGCUGCAGGAUGCAUGCUUUAUCAGAUGGUCACCCUGAACCCAUCAUUCUACAGCACCAAUGUGCUCUCMUUGGCAACUAAGGUAAUAGGGACUGUGUAUGAACCUGUGCCAGAAGGACUGUACUCUGAAAAAGUGUCAUUUACCAUUGAGAGCUGCCUGACUCCUGAUGCAGAGACACGUCCAGACAUAGUGGAGGUCAGCUCGCUGCUGUCUGAUGUGAUGAUGAAAUACCUGGAUGUUUUAUCCACCUCUCAUCUCAUGUUGGAGAAGAAACUGGAUCAGGAGAGGAGACAAACCCAGAGGUGCUUCAUGGAGGCUAAUCAAAAUGCAGCAACCUAUCACCAUUAGCUUUCCAUUUUAUCACAAAAAAAUGAUGAGAAGUUGAGUCUGCAUGGAAGAGCCAGUUGCAAAAGUGAAUUUUUGGAAAAUACUCCCCUUCCAGUUGACAGUUGUCAGUCUGCACAUGGAAAAGAUGAGGAAAGAACAUGUGAGGCAAUCCUGGUGCUGGAUCACAGAACUAUGGAGAAAGGUAUUUUCUCUGAAUUCGAUGAUGACCUGGAGAUACCGGACAAAUCAGGCAACCCCAGUUCAAGUAAUUUGAAAUAUAAUAUUUAUGUAUUUGUUUCAGGUAUAAUUAAACGAAGUUUUAGUGCUUCUGAAAGAUAACCUCAGAUAAGAGAUUAUGUUGAUGGUUCUGGAUCAAGACUGUGACUAGCAUUGGCAGGAAUUGCUGUACCACAAAGAAAGGUACGUCAGAUCAGUGACCCUGUUCUUAUUCAGCUGCACAAAAUUAUCUUCAUCACUCAACUUCCUCCAACUUUGCAAUGCAGGAAAAGGAGAAUUGUUGAGACAUUCAGGAAAUCCCUCUUCAGUCAUCAGAGCAAUCCUUGUAAUCUGAAAUCAGAAAGCAAAAAUCUGCUGCAAAGUUCUCCUGAAUUGAUUGAAACCAACACCUUCACAGUAGUUUGGCAAGUGGUGCAUCUUUCUUCAGGUGCAAUUAAUAUGUUGCUUCCAGAUGAUAGAAAAARCAUUUUUGGCACUUCUGUCAUGGCAGAAGGGAUGACAUAUGAGCAGCUGCAGACUCUAACUGAGUAGGUUCUAGGGGAAAGUGGUUAUUCCAGUUUCUCUUCUUACAGGUCAGUCUAG